AUGAUGCUGCUAAGAGCUGUAGCUGUCAUUACCACUAUUUUAUUUGUUGAAAAAUCCGUAGGAAGAUUAUUGCAAGUGGGGAGGCAGUGCGUACCGACGGCCACCGUGCAGGGCCCUUGCCAUGACUGCGUGUGCUCAGUAGAGGGCGUGUUCCAUUGCAAGCGGCGACAAUGCUACGCAGUUGACCUCAAUGUAAAAAGACCGAAAGAAGACUGCCAAGCGAACUCCCUUUACAGAGAAGAUACGAUUUUUUGCACCUGCAGCGAGGAAGGCUUAUGGAGGUCAGAUGCAUGCCAAGAGAGAUUCAAAUUUCUGCUACCUAAGACCUCCCAUUUGCACUAUCAAUUACGCACCAGUGUGACCUGCGAGGCAGACAUGUUGUACAUAAUAGACUGCAAUGUAUGCAGAUGCGACACCACUGGAUUCAUAAAUGUGACUGCUUGCACAACUAGGCACUGCACUUCAGGGCACAAAGCAGAUCCAUGUCAGAUCGGAGACAUUCUCCGGACAGACGAGCAAAUCUGUGCUUGCAGCGAUGUAAAUUUUUACAUAGAUCGCCUUUGUGUUUCAAUCCAAGAUCAUCCAGUCCAGAAGGUGUCUGAAGUUGCCUUAACCAAACUUGUUGAAGUUGGCGAAUCUUGGAGACGUGUUGACGAUUUGUUGUCUAAUACAUGUGACACAGAAGUAGUAUACUCAGUUGAUUGUAAUAAAUGCGUGUGUUCUGAAGCACAUCUUAUUUGUACAACGAAAAUAUGCACGCUCAGAAAAAAGAUUGCAUUAAGACGUGAGAAGUGGAGUCAUAAGAUAAAAGAUAUGUUCUACACUUUGCCAGAACUGCAUAGUCAUAAAGAUAGCUGUAUUCCUGGGAAGACUUAUCGUUAUCAAUGCAAUACUUGCUACUGUACGAAGGAUGGACAUCCAUCGUGUGCUACUAUGAUGUGCUUGGAAAACUAUGUUUUGGAUGAGACUGCUUUGAGGGGAGCGUUGUCUUUUGCAAAUGAGAGUCUCAGAAGCCUGCCGGAAAUUCGUGAUGGAGACACCUGCAAAGAUGGCAAAUUGUAUAGACAGAACUGUAAUACCUGCACGUGUAAAGGAAACUCGCUUCUGUGCACCAAGAUGGCCUGCCACGAUUUCAGAAUUCCGGACACAUUAAGACAACAACGCAAAAAAAGAAAAGCUCAUAAGCGCUCAAAAGAUGACGUAGAACAGCAACUAGAAGUAAGCGACAGGGAGUUUUAUAUGCUUCCCGAGCUGCCGCAUCAUGCUGCUGGUUGCACUCCUGACAAGAAAUACAAGGUGAACUGCAAUGUGUGCAUCUGCAACGAACAUAAGAAUCUAAUAUGUGAUAAAAAGAUGUGCGUUGACCAAAAAACUACUCGUGAUCUGGAGGUCAAAAAGAAUUCUGGUAAAUCGUGUACGACUAAUUUUGAGACGAAGAAAUGUGUAAAAUGUAAAUGUAAAAAGGGUGUGACGGAAUGCGAAGCAAUCACAAAAUGUCAAACGGAAGAAGACCUGCAGGUGCUUUCUAAAGGAGCUGGAAGCAUUCAUAGGCUCACUUUCAAUUACGUCGAAGAGAAGUGCGUUCCUGAUGUCGUAUAUAGAGAAAAGUGUAACAAUUGCUACUGUCAACCAGAUAAGACACUGCGAUGUACCAACAAGAUGUGUCUCAACUACGAACAAGCUCUUCAACUAGAGAAGCAAAGAGAAUAUCUUGAAGAACACGGAGUUUAA